UUGGCAUGGACCCUGCGUCAGGAGAAGUGGGGCGAGGCCGCGCAUCGCGUUGGUUAAGUAGAAUGCUUACGCCUAACGCCCAGAACAGCUAAUCUCAGGUCUUUUGGACGGCUCUUGACGUAAAGAAAAGACAUUGACUGUAGUCGAUAGGCGAGCGACAGUAUGUAUGCGAUAGGAUUCAAUCAAACCUCUGGAGUUGCACAAAGGGCCUUACAGAGUCUUAAGUACAUCUGCAGAGUCUCUAGCUGCCUGUUAGAUAACUGGUUCCGCAACAGGCUUCCAGUUAACGUACUCUAUCACCGAGCCAGUCAUAUCACUGAACUAGUCAAAAUCUGCCAAGACCAACACAACUCCGCACUUCACAGUAUGUCUUAA